UGCCCGCCGCGGGCGCGCUGGACGUCAGCGCUGCCAGCGUGGAAACGGCGGCGGGGCGCGGGAGGCGGAAGUAGCGCCUGGGACUGCCGAGCCUCCUUCUGGCUCCACCGGCCGCCUCAGCCAUGGACGCGUCCCUGGAGAAGAAGAUAGCAGACCCUACUCUAGCUGAAAUGGGAAAAAACUUGAAGGAGGCCAUGAAGAUGCUCGAGGACAGUCAGAGAAGAACAGAGGAGGAAAAUGGAAAGAAGCCCCUAUCAGGGGAUAUUCCAGGGCCACUGCAAGGCAGUGGACAAGACAUGGUGAGCAUCCUCCAGUUAGUUCAGAAUCUGAUGCAUGGAGACGAAGACGAGGAGCCCCAGAGCACCCGAAUUCAGAAUAUUGGAGAACAAGGUCAUAUAUCUUUGUUGGGGCAUAGUCUGGGAGCUUACAUUUCAACUCUGGAUAAAGAGAAGCUGAGGAAACUCACUACUAGGAUACUUUCAGACACUACCUUAUGGCUCUGCAGAAUUUUCAGGUAUGAAAAUGGCUGUGCUUAUUUCCACGAAGAAGAAAGAGAAGGGCUCGCAAAGAUCUGUAGGCUUGCCAUCCAUUCCCGUUAUGAAGACUUCGUAGUGGAUGGGUUCAACGUGUUAUAUAACAGGAAGCCUGUGAUCUAUCUAAGUGCUGCUGCUAGGCCUGGCCUGGGCCAGUACCUCUGUAAUCAGCUUGGCCUGCCCUUUCCCUGCUUGUGUCGGGUGCCCUGUAACACUGUGUUUGGAUCCCAGCAUCAGAUGGAUGUCGCCUUCCUGGAGAAACUGAUUAAAGAUGACAUAGAGCGAGGAAAACUGCCCUUGCUUCUUGUUGCAAAUGCUGGAACUGCAGCAGUGGGGCACACAGAUAAGAUUGGGCGUUUGAAAGAGCUCUGUGAGCAAUACGGCAUAUGGCUCCACGUGGAGGGUGUGAAUCUGGCCACCUUGGCUCUAGGUUAUGUCUCCUCUUCAGUGCUGGCUGCAACCAAAUGUGACAGCAUGACGCUGACUCCGGGCCCGUGGCUGGGUUUGCCAGCUGUUCCGGCCGUGACCCUCUAUAAGCAUGACGAUCCUGCCUUGACUUUAGUUUCCGGUCUUACAUCAAAUAAGCCAGCAGACAAGCUCCGUGCCCUGCCACUGUGGUUGUCUUUACAGUACUUGGGACUUGAUGGGAUUGUGGAGAGGAUCAAGCAUGCCUGUCAGCUGAGUCAACGAUUGCAAGAAAGCUUGAAGAAAGUGAACCACAUCAAAAUCUUGGUGGAAGAUGAGCUCAGUUCCCCAGUGGUGGUAUUCAGAUUUUUCCAGGAACUACCAGGCUCUGAUCCAGGACUUAAUGCCAUCCCAGCGCCCAGUGCUGCCCCCUCAGCUGUUGGCCGGGAGAGGCACUCCUGUGAUGCCCUGAACCACUGGCUGGGAGAACAGCUGAAGCAGUUGGUGCCCGUGAGCGGCCUCACGGUCAUGGAUCUGGAGGUUGAGGGCACGUGCGUGCGGUUCAGCCCUCUGAUGACGGCAGCAGUUUUAGGGACGCGGGGAGAGGAUGUGGAUCAGCUGGUGGCCUGCAUCCAGAGCAAGCUGCCGGUCCUGACCUGCACACUGCAGCUGCGAGAGGAGUUCAAGCAGGAGGUGGAGGCAACGGCAGGCCUCUUGUACGUUGACGACCCCAGCUGGCCUGGAAUAGGAGUUGUCAGGUAUGAACACGCUAAUGAUGAUAAGAGCAGUUUGAAAUUGGAUCCAGAAGGGGAAAAAAUCCAUGCUGGGCUCCUGAAAAAGUUAAAUGAACUGGAAUCUGACCUUACAUUUAAAAUGGGCCCUGAGUAUAAAAGCAUGAAGAGCUGUAUUUACAUUGGCAUGGCGAGUGAUGACAUCGACGUUUCCGAACUAGCGGAGACUAUCGCAGUCACAGCCCGAGAAAUCGAGGAGAACUCAAGGCUACUGGAAAACAUGACAGAAGUGGUUCGGAAAGGAAUCCAGGAAGCUCAGGUUCAGCUGCAGAAGGCAAAUGAGGAGCGGCUUCUGGAAGAGGGGGUGUUACGGCAGAUCCCCGUGGUCGGAUCCGUGCUGAACUGGUUUUCUCCAGUACAAGCAUCACAAAAAGGAAGGACGUUCAACCUGACGGCAGGCUCCCUGGAGUCCACGGAACACACGUACGUCUACAAAGUGCAAGGCUCAGGGGUCACACCGCCUCAGACCCCCACAGGCACUCGCGUUAAACAGAGGCUUCCAGGCCAGAAGCCUUUUAAAAGGUCCCUGCGUGGUUCAGAUGCCAUCAGUGAGACCAGCUCAGUCAGUCACAUCGAAGACUUGGAGAAGGUGGAGCAGCUGUCAGGUGGGCAAGAGGCCUCAGAAGCUAACAGCCCUGAGCGGCACCCAGGGGCGCCCGCCCCUCUGGAAGCCGAGCCGCCUGGAGCCCUCCAAGACGGGGCCCAGGGCCUGCAAGAUGACCGCCCGCAGGUAGAAGAGCCAGAGAGCUUAAGAUAAAACUCAGUGUUUGCUUGGAGACUGUACUGAAUAUUGUUUCAGGGAAAUGAAGUUAUUCUGAAAAUGUGAACUGUGCCACAUGCUGAGAGAAAUUACUGUUAUUUGUGCUUAACUGGGAUGGUUGCACAAAUGUGUGCCUGAGAGCCAGGCCCAGGCGGGCAGUUGACAUGUCUGAUUUUGUGGGUGUUGUAGAACAACCAACAACUACUGUUUCUGUCUACCCAACUGUAGUAACACCAUUUCCCCCCCGUUACCAUAAACACUUUUUAUUCACAAAAAACAUGAGAAUUUCCAGUGCCUGCCACUUGAAAUACUUGCGCUUCUCUUUCUAAACAGACACAUGGAAGAUGUUAUAGGUUGCACAUAGUACGUUCUUGGUGAGACAGCUUUCUAGAACUCUCCGGGUUCCCUGGGGCCCUGCUGCACAGACAGACGGCGAUCUCUGCCAUCUGUCUUACUUGGUAUUCAGUUGGAUCAGGUCGCAAUAUGCAACUGGACUGUCUGGCUUGAAGGAGUGGGCAUGAUGGGGUUGUAACAGGAGCGUCAAAAGCCCUCUCCUGCACCCCCGCUGCUGCUGCCCUGAGACGUCGGUCAGGGCCGUGUCCACUGAGCGGCGGCAGGUCAGGCUGGACCCGGCACUGCUUCUGGCUCCACUCUGCCGCCAGCCCGUGUCUCCCUUUAUAUGCUAUUUGUAAACAAAUUAAAACUCCUCUAUUCAGAGUAACUGUACAGACUCUUCUCAACCAUAUUAUAUAUAUAUAUAUAUGUAUAUUUUUAAAUACUGGUAAAACUUUUAAAUUGGCACAGAAGUACAGACUGUACUCAUUUCUAUGUUUAAUAUCUGAAAACUCAACAGAUGCUGCUCUUAAGAGCCUCGUAUUAAAUAUGCUGUGUAGCACCUCGUUAUGUUGAAAUUCUAAAUUUAAGUCCACCUCUGACCUGUUCUCACGGGAACUUCUGGAGUCUGUUCACAGCAGCUCAGCCCUUUGGGCCCAACUCAGAAACAAGAUCCAGAGGGGCAGCCUUUCUCAGGCUGAUCAAGCCAGAUGACUGCUGAAAUAACUGAAGUAAACCCUUGACUACGGCCCGUUUCUAAGUCCUGCGUCACUUCCUUUACCGUUGGCAGCGGCCCCUGUGCCUUUCAGUCCAGCAGUCAAGCUAUGGGAGACCUUAAAUGGUGGCAAUUCACAUGGGGUUUGGGGACUGUCGAAUUGAAAGCCUUAGUUAUACCAUAUUAAGCCUAUAAUUACACUCUGAUUUGAUGUGAUUUCUGACAUUUGGCACUUGUCAAAAUGCAGUUUUCUUUUCUUCCUGGUGCAAAUGAUUAACAAGUCUUCCCUGUUUCUUUGGUGCAAUGAAGUAUAGCAGAUAAAAUGGGGGAAAGGGAAAUUAUUACCUUUACAAGAUUAAUUUUUAAAUGUUUUUAUAUAUAUUUGAAAUUGUUAAAUUGGUUUUGCUGAAACAAUUUCACCCUUGAGAUACUAUUUGAA